AUGUCCUCCUACGCGUUCGAAAUCGCUCUCUUUGGCGAAUUCUUUCCAAAUGAUCUCAAACCCAUCCUUAACCGCAUCGCUAUGAACAGCGACUCUGCCCAACAAAUGCACUCCCGCGAGAUCGUCUUUGAGCCUCUAGACAUGCACCAACAGCGCGAACAAGGUCAAGAACCAGUCCUCUUGCGUGCUCGAAAAGAGUUACUUGAAGCCGACUCUGGAUGGCAAUUGUAUACUUAUCUGAAGCCAGAGAGUGUCCGUGUGCAUCCAGAGGCGACAGUGAGACCCUGGGCGAUCGUUCAGGUCGUAGGAGAUGCGCUCAGCUUCGCAUCUGCUCUGGGUUACGCUCGACGUUCUCAAAUAUACAAACGAGGAUAUAUGUUCAGACGAGGAGCAUUGGUGAUACAAAUGUUUCAGCAAGAACAGAUAGACCCAAAGACUCAGAAACCCGCCCCUGCUCACGUGGAUACUCUGUGGGAGGUCGAGGUAAAGACUGCAAUGCCCGUACGAGGCACACAAGAAUUUCCCCUCAAAGCACAUAUUGAGAGCGUCAUCGAAGUGCAACGCUUCAUGAAGGGUCUGCUCGAUCUUCGCAGGCAAGACGUAUAAAUUCAAUUCAAUAAAUCAAGACGACGAGGCCCCUUCAGCUUGCGAUAACUGGCUCCUCUUCAUCACCAGACUCGCCCCAAUCGACCUCUUCCUCUUCCGCGUUAUGUGAACCGCCCUGCUGUCGCAUCAUGUCCAGCAAGGCAGCGUAAUCAACCGGACCCACGUCUUCCUCGCCCUCAGCGUCCUCCUCUCCCUCCGCAUCCUGUUCUGCGCUAUCACCUCCAUCCUUCACAACAGGCUCAUCUUCCACCUCGUCACUAUCCUCUCCAUAACCUCCGAUACCGACCAAAGGCUCCACCACAUCCUCGCCGUCAUCAUCGUCACUUCCAUACCCUCCGAGCAAGCCCACUAUAGCCUUCUUCCCCGCCUGCACGUCCAACUUCCUCCUCUUCGCCGGUCUCUGCUGAGGCCCGGUAUGCAUCACUAUCCGCUGCUCUUCAACAAGCAUCCCUCUGAACGCGCCGUCCUCAUAGACCUCCACCGUCGGAAACUCGACAAACUGUUUCCCCUUCAACACAGCCGAGAAUUUCUGCGUCGCAUCUAGCCUAUGAUACCUCGUCCGCUUCGUCUUCGGUUGCUGCUGCUGCUGGCUCGCAACAAACGCCUGCACCUGUAUCUGCAACUGCGUCUGUCCCUGCAUCCCGCGCAUCGCAGCGACCGGAUCGUUCUGAGCGGCCAUAUAGAACUGUGGAGGCGUGAAUGCGUCGGGAACGUCCGCGUCUGGGAGAACGAGCGGUGCGAGCCACGGAGGAUGCGCGUUGUUCUUUUUGGAUUUGGAAGAGAUGUGGGACUGGAGGAGGGCGAGGAGCGGGGUGUCGAUGUUGUUCCGGUGCGUGAGGAGGGUUAGUGGUAUUGGCGAGUCUUGGGUGUGAGAAGGGUUGACGGUCGGGUCUGGUGGAGGGUAGAUUUUGAAUUCGAUGGUGAGGAGCGCGGUUUUGUUUCUGCGCGUACCAUACCAUGCAAUUGCACCGACCGUCGAUUAGAGUAUAAACGAGUGAUGAGCACGAGGAAUUUUAAAUGCAACACACUUGAAAUCCCAGCUCGACUGGUUCAAAGACCGUCUCUCCAUCCCAGCCGGCAACAUCUCGACAUCGACAUCCCUCGCCUCCAACUGCAUCUUCAAAAUAUCCCUCUUCGUCCUCUGUGCCGCACCUCCCCCUCCGCCUCGUCCCCUUCCUCCCCUUCCUCUCCCUCCACUAUCAAACCCCCGUCCCCGACCACCACCUCUCGUACCCAUACCCGCACUCACACCCACAUUGACCGCAUACCCC